AGACAGUACUCCGAGCGCCCGGCGCGCGGGAGGUAUUGUGCUUCAGCCCGGCUUUGUUCGGUUGUCGGCUCACCUGUCCCUGGGUGCGUCCUGGCGGUGCAACCCGGAGCGGGUGCCAGCAGUCGCCGCCGCCGCCAUGGUGUCCCCGGUCACUGUGGUGAAGAGUGAGGGACCCAAACUGGUGCCCUUCUUUAAGGCCACCUGUGUGUAUUUUGUGCUCUGGCUGCCCUCGUCCAGCCCUUCGUGGGUCAGCGCCCUUAUCAAGUGCCUGCCCAUCUUCUGCCUCUGGCUCUUUCUUCUGGCCCAUGGCUUCAGAUUCCUGCUGGCCCACUCCAGUGCCUCCCUCAUCUUUGUGGGACUUGUCUUCUCUGCUGUGGGUGAUGCCUUCCUCAUCUGGCAGGACCAUGGCUACUUUGAACACGGUCUUCUGAUGUUUGCUGUGACGCACAUUCUCUAUGCUUCGGCCUUUGGCAUGCGGCCACUGGCUCUCCGGACAGGCCUGGUGAUUGGAGUGCUGUCAGGCCUGUGCUAUGCCCUGCUCUACCCGGGGCUAUCAGGUGCUUUCACCUACCUGGUGGGGGUCUACGUGGCCCUUAUCAGCUUCAUGGGCUGGAGAGCUAUGGCAGGACUGCGGCUGGUUGGGGCAGCCUGGCGGUGGACGGAGCUGGCGGCUGGCAGCGGGGCACUGCUUUUCAUCAUCUCAGACCUGACCAUCGCUCUCAACAAGUUCUGCUUUCCCGUGCCCUACUCACGGGCACUCAUCAUGUCCACCUACUACGCUGCUCAGAUGCUCAUUGCCCUGUCGGCCGUCGAGAGCCGAGAGCCAGUGGAAGACUAUAGACUGAGCAAGGCCAACUGAAGAGACUGGGGUCUGCUCACCUCUCCCCUGGGGUUGGGGCCCAGACUUGGGGCGUGUGCUGGAGUUGGAUCAGUUGGUAGCUCCUGGGAAAGUGGCAGGCUUGAAGGGGUAAGAAGAAGGAACGCCCAGCAAAGCUGGCAGGCUUAGGAGCAGCCUCAUAGCCCUCGCCUGAGUCAGGACUAGAUGUCUCCUCACCCCGUCAGGAUUGUCAAAGCCCUCCCAUAAGGCCAUGGUGCUUUUCCACCCCUCUCUUUUUACUAGCUGUGAGAAUGUGACCUAUGCCCAGGACCAACGGCCAUGCCAGGCUCGUCCAUUCCCACCUCUCUUCCAAGACAACCCAGGAGCAGGCCUUGAAAACUCCUUCCCCAGGCUCCCCAGUUGGGAGGACUGGUUGGAGGAGGAGCCUUGUUUUCCCU